UCAAAGGAUAUGAGCAACCUGUAUGGUGCUCAGACUUUCUUCUUAUGUCUAGAAGAUAAGAGUGGACAUUCAUUUGGAGUGUUUCUUAUGAACAGUAAUGCCAUGGAUUUUGCUCUUCAGCCUGCUCCUGCUGUAACAUAUAGAACAAUUGGUGGAAUUUUAGAUUUCUAUGUCUUCUUAGGAAAUACUCCAGAACAAGUAGUACAAGAAUAUCUAUUGUUGAUAGGACUUCCACUGAUGCCUUCCUAUUGGAGUCUCGGCUUCCAUAUCUGUCGAUGGAAUUACACAGAUCUUAAUGAUGUGAAAGAUGUAGUAGAAAGGAAUCGAGCAGCUGGAAUACCUUGU